CAGCAAUCGACAAAGGUAAUAAGCUAAGCAAAUGAGCGCGCAGCCAUAAGGUACAAAGCUAGGAGGGUCGUCAUUGAGCAAGAGAGGAGUUAACCAUCGAUACUAAAGAGCCAAGUGUUGGUAACUUGGCUCCUGCAAACCCAAUCCACUGUGCUUGAGGGGUUGUCGAAAGGUGUCCAGUGAUAUACUUCUGCUCCCACCAUGGCCACUAAGAAGCAUCAAGGUAAGAUUGAUAAGAUCGAAGUACUUAAAAAGGAGAGAGAAAAGAACAAGGUGACAAGUAAUAAGCAAAAUCAAGCUACAUGUCCUUCUUUUGAUGGAACCGAUCAUUCUCACUCCUCCAGUAAGUUAUGCUCUAUGAACAAAUCAAAAACAAAACUUCCAAAGCCCAAAGAUAACGUCGAAAAAACUUUUGUGAUUAAGAUACCUUUGGCUGAUACCUGCAGAUGUCCCAAGCUCGUUACCUUGACCCAAGAAGUAGCUGACCACAUUACUCAACUGGUAUAUGCUGUAUCCAUUUUUGCUAAUUACUAUUCCUUGAAACUUCUCGAGAAUGGUGAAGAACUGCCUGUGGUCACUCAAAAUUUGUUCUAUAACAUAUUAUCCAUCUUUGCUAGCCAAGGAAAACAUGCCUCUGAUGGUAUUAAGAAGAGCUUCAAGACCUUUUGUGAAUCAACUUCUUUUACUCAACCUGACUUGGAUAAGUACUCAAGUAAAGGAUAUAUCACCACUGUAUCUUCUAUGACCAAACAGUAUGAAACACUAGUCCGCAACUACGUAUGCUCUACUUAUGAAGAUCAAACUCUUAAACAUAUUCUUAAUGUCCUGCCAAAAAAGACUUCUCCUUACUUCUGUGGUGAUAACUUAACGGCCAAACAACGCAAGCCUUUAACCAAACAGAUCUUUCAAUAA